AUGGCGGCAGCAGCGCCCAGCGGCGAUGCUGACGUGGAAGAUUACAUGGGCGAUCUCUCGGCCUUCUUGCCGCCGGAAGAUGCGUCGAAGCUACGCGAUCAGCAGCAGGAGCGGCAAAAAAAGCUGCCCAAGCCUGCACCACGUCAGCGGCCAGACGAUUGGAAAAGGCUGACGUGGCAGGAGCGGCGGCAGCAGGUACGCGAGGAGAAGGACAAGGCGGAGGCGGCGGUACUCGCGGAAGGCCUCGCGGCGCCCAUACCGCCUUCGAACAUCGGCUUCAAACUGCUGCAGAAGAUGGGCUUUAAGGGGCCUCCUGAGGCGGAACGGACGGGCGGAAUGGCGGGGUUUUCGUCCGCGGGGAAGAUGGGGGUGGCGGAAAUCAGGGGGGAGCGACAUAGAGGGGACGGGGCGAGAGUGGGGGAGGAGAGUGGGGUGACGGCGGGGAGAGAGACAAGCAGGGAGAGGGGGAAAGCAGAGUGCACGGGGGGAGACGUGACGGGGGAAAGAGAGAAAACGUUAGUCACUGAGGCUGGCAGCAGCCGGUCACUUACAACCCGCGUUGGGGAAUACUGCAGUGACCAGCGACCUGCAGAGAGUACAGGGGAAGCUAGUAUCGAGGACAACCUAGGGGAGUCAGGAGUACCUGCAACCGCGCCCAACCGAAAACCUCUCGUGUGGGUGGAACCUGUUGCGUUGAGCUUAAAACGGGACAGGAAAGGGCUGGGGAAGGAGGAGGAGGAGGAAGAAGCGGAGAGGCAGAAGCUGUUGAGAGCAGAGGCAGCAGCGCGGGUGAGGCGGAGAGGCGAGGAGGCGCUGCGAGGGGAUUUUGAGGAGAGGAGGAAGGGCAGGUGGAGCGAGUGGAAGGUGCGGGGGGCGUUGAGGAAGGCGAGGACGGCCCUGGUGCACCUGGAAGGGGGAGAGGAGUGGCUUCGAAGCCAGGCUGUGCGGAUUGGCGCUGCUCCUUCCUCCACGGAUAGUCAUGGAGGAGGAGGAAGCGGGUUGAGGAAGGCGAGAACGGCUCUGGUGCAUCUGGAAGGCGGGGAGGAGUGGCUUAGGAGCCAGGCCUUGCGGACUGGCGCUGCUUCCUCCUCCUCUGGUGCUUCUCCUGCUGUUGCUGCUGCUUCUGGUGGUGCUCAGUUGGAUGGGGCUGGUUUUGGUGGUCGUGGUGGUGGUGCUGCUGCUGCUGCUUUGAGUCGUGGUGCUGGUGCUAUGGAGAGAGGGGUUGGUGCGGAGAGGGGAUGGGGCAGGAGGAGGAGAGUGAGAAAGAAACGAAUAGUCACAGAGUGUGAUGCUGAUGGUGUGGGUGCUCUGUUGCUGCCAGGGGGUGCUCUGUUGCUGCCAGGAGGGUGCUCUGUUGCUGCCAGGAGGUUGCUCUGUUGCUGCCAGGAGGGUGCUCUGUUGCUGCCAGGAGGGUGCUCUGUUGCUGCCAGGAGGGUGCUCUGUUGCUGCCAGGAGGGUGCUCUGUUGCUGCCAGGAGGGUGCUCUGUUGCUGCCAGGAGGGUGCUCUGUUGCUGCCAGGAGGGUGCUCUGUUGCUGCCAGGAGGGUGCUCUGUUGCUGCCAGGAGGGUGCUCUGUUGCUGCCAGGAGGGUGCUCUGUUGCUGCCAGGAGGGUGCUCUGUUGCUGCCAGGGGGUGCUCUGUUGCUGCCAGGGGGUGCUCUGUUGCUGCCAGGUGCAUUGAGUCGGUAAGGUCUUAA